AGAGAAACAAAGAAGAAGAAGAAGAAGAAAAAGAUGUCGAAGGAAGUGAGCGAAGAAGGACAUGCCAACCAUGGCAAAGACUACGUCGACCCACCACCAGCACCACUCAUUGACAUGGCGGAGCUCCAGCUCUGGUCCUUCUACAGAGCCAUCAUCGCCGAGUUCAUCGCCUACUGCACCGCUGGCAUCUCUGGUGGUCACAUAAACCCGGCGGUGACAUUUGGGUUGUUCUUGGCGAGGAAGGUGUCGCUGAUCAGAGCAUUGGCUUACUUGAUAGUGCAGUGUUUGGGUGCGAUCUGUGGAGUUGGGUUAGUCAAGGCCUUCAUGAAAUCUUCCUACAACUCGCUCGGUGGUGGUGCGAACUCAGUUGCUCAUGGGUACAACAAAGGCACUGCUCUUGGUGCUGAGAGCAUCGGUACUUUUAUCCUUGUUUACACUGUUUUCGCAGCCACUGAUCCCAAGAGAAGUGCUCGUGACUCUCAUGUCCCUGUUUUGGCUCCUUUGCCUAUCGGGUUUGCGGUGUUUAUGGUUCAUUUGGCGACCAUUCCAAUUACGGGUACUGGUAUCAACCCUGCUAGGAGCUUUGGAGCUGCUGUGAUUUACAACAACAAACAUAUCUGGGAUGAACUAGAAGCUAUAUGUAUUGAUAGAGAUGACAGCGGAAUAGGUUGA